AUGGUAGGAGGACUAGUUCCAAAAUUCCAGACUUAUGUCUUGAACAGCUUUAGUUGGCCACCCAUGAUGAGAAAGCUUUUAAUCCAUCCCGCAGGGCCUUUUACAAUACACUUUUGGUGCCCAUGGGCCAAAUGGGCAAUAGUUGUUGCGAAUAUUGCUGAUUUGAAAGUUCCGGCUGAGAACAUCUCAACAGUUCAACAAGGUGUAAUCAUGCUUACAGGUCUAGUAUGAACAAGGUAUUCUACCCAAGUUAAACCAUUCAAUGUAAACUUGAUGUUGGUCAAUUUUUUCAUGGCUUGCUCAGCAAUUUACCAGAUCAGCAGAAAACUCAGGUUGAAUAACUCGAAGCCAAGCUCGGCUUAG